UAUUAUUCCUUUGAUUUCUUUUCAAGGUUAGUCUUCAGUUUAUUAGGAUGAAGAACCAGACUAUGGAAAUAGAAUUUAUAUUGGUGGGAAUUUCCAGCCUCCCGGAGCUACGGCUGUUUCUCUUAGUGUUCUUCCUGUGCAUCUAUGUAACUGCUCUGGUGGGAAACUCUCUCAUCUUCUUCACCAUCUGUGCCAGUCAACAGCUUCACACACCCAUGUACUUCCUUUUGGGCAACUUGUCUGCCAUUGACCUCUUAUGUACAUCUACAAUUGUGCCCAAGAUGUUAGCCAACCUUUUGUCCCAGAAGGCUACCAUUUCAUUUGUAGGCUGCAUGGCUCAGAUAUAUAUGUUCACAUGGGCCUUAGUCUCAGAGGUUCUCUUCUUGGCCCUCAUGGCAUUUGACCGCUAUGCUGCCAUCUGCCAUCCCCUCCAUUACCCAAUGAUCAUGAGUAGUCGUGUCUGCAUUGGGAUGGCAGGCAGCAUCUGGGCUAUUGGGAUAAGCAACUCGGCAGUCCAUACCAGUUUGGCAAUCCACUUGUCCUUCUGUAAUUCCCUCAUCAUUGACCACUUUUUCUGUGAGCUGCCACCCAUCCUGAAGCUGUCAUGCUCUGACACCCAUCUCAAUGAAACUCUAGCUCUCUGUGCAGAUGUGAUAUUUGGGGUGGGGAGUUGUUCCCUUAUCCUGAUUUCUUAUGGAUGCAUUAUUAAGACAAUUUUGAGGAUUCGCUCCUCUGAGGGAAAGAAGAAAGCCUUUUCCACUUGCUCUUCUCACCUUACUGUUGUCUCGCUCUACUAUUCCACUGCAAUUUACACCUAUAUUCGUCCAACCUCCAAUCUCUCUUUGGAAAGGGACAAAAUCAUCACUGCCCUCUACUCUGUCAUAAUCCCUAUGUUAAACCCAAUUAUUUAUUCCUUCAGGAAUAGAGAAGUGAAAGGGGUCCUGAAGAGGCUGUUGGGAUGGACUUCAUUUUCUCUCCCAGGCAGAACUGUAUCAAUUCAUCUAAAAAACCAUCCAUCUUAGAUCUGAUUCAACACUUUAUUAUUAGAGGUGUUGAAGCAGAGGCUAAAUGGCCACUUUUUUUGAAUUUGAUAGAAGACAUUCAUGUUUCAGGUAGGAUUAGACUAAUUAUUCUCUAGGACCUUUUUAAAUUCAAAGAUUCUAUAACUUUUAAAGUAGGUGUUGAUUAGGUCAAAGGAACACUUGUUUAAGUAGCAGUUAAAAUUUAAUAGCAAUAUUUGAUGGGAA